GAUGGCUGAAGGCUUCAGUUUAGCCCCAUUUGAUUUACGCGAAGAUGUGUGGGAAGAGUGGUUCGAGAGAUUUGAGUUUUACUUGGAUGCAAGAAAUGUGACUGACAGUGGCAAGAAGAAGUCCUACCUGCUUUCACAAUGCGAAGCGGCUUCCAGGGACGCCAGGAUCAUCGGAGGACAGGAGAGCACCGUCAACGAGAUCUCUGUGCCGGGUCGGGACGUGACGCCGGGUGGGAUCAAUGAAGUGCACGCCGGCCAACGCAGUCGCGACGUUUCAGGAGAUACAUCCGACUCCUGAGUUGAAGAAGCCAAAGUCUGUCCUCAGAACCUACACUGGAGCCAAGAUUCCGGUCGUGGGUGAAUUCAUCGCGGACGUGAAGUACAACAACCAGGCGAGAUGGCUUCCACUGGUGGUGGUUGGAGGAGAUGGACCAAACCUCCUCGGGCGCGACUGGCUUGGGAACCUGAAGCUGGACUGGUUCAACAUGUUCUCGGUGAGUGGAAGUGAUGCUGUCACGGCUCUGAAAGAGAAAUACGCUGAAGUGUUCAGGCCAGGCCUGGGUGAGCUCAAGGGGGUGAAAGUUAAACUAGACAUUGACAGUAGUGUGGCUCCCAAGUUUUACAAACCGAGGCCGCUACCUUUUGCAUUGAAGAAAAGGGUCGAUGAGCAGCUAAAGCGAGAGAUUGACAUGGGUGUGCUUGAACCAGUUGGACAUGCAGCUUGGGGUGCUCCGAUUGUACCGGUGUUAAAGUCAGACGGCAGUGUCAGAAUCUGUGGGAAUUUCAAGCUGACAGCGAAUCGUGCCAUUCGUGUUGACAAAUACCCACUUCCAAGGAUAGAAGAUCUCUUUGCCUCACUGGCGGGAGGCAAAGUCUUCACCAAACUCGAUCUGAGCCAGGCCUACCAGCAGUGCGUGGUGGAUGAAGACUGCAGAGAUGUCCUGACGAUUAACACUCACCUUGGACCUCUCAGGUAUCGACGCCUGGGCUUCGGUGUCAACUCGGCGGUGGCGUUGUUUCAGCGAGAGAUGGAGAAGUUGUUGAAUGGUAUGCCUGGUGUCUGUGUUUUCCUAGAUGAUGUGCUCAUAACUGGGAAAUCCCAGAACGACUGCUUACAGCGCACAUCUGCGGUGUUGGAGAAGCUGCAAGAUGCCGGACUCCGUGUGUCGGAGAAGAAGUGCAAAUUCUGCGUGGACAGCGUGGAGUACCUGGGACACAGGAUCGACGCUGAGGGCUGUCACCCCACAGAGGCGAAGAGCUUGGAGGAGGAGUUUGCAUUGGACUCCUCCCGGAUUGCUGCGCUGACGUCUCGGGACACUCUGCUGAGUCGGGUGCGGCAGGCCAUAGAGACUGGUGAGUGGCCUGACGAGGAGGACAUCCGCUCAUUCUUCCACAGGAGAGAUGAGCUGUCGGUGAUCCGCGGAGUGCUGCUGUGGGGCAGCCGCGUGGUCGUGCCUGCCAAGGCACAGAAGCACGUUUUACACGAGCUACAUGAAGGACACCCUGGGGUUCGGCCUCCCGGACACCAUCGUCUCGGACAACGGUCCGGCCUUCAUCGGGGAGGAGUUCCAGCGGUUCACGAGGAGGAACGGCAUCCGUCAUGUGAGGACGGCUCCUCACAGGCCGGUGUCCGACAGAGUCUACGCCAGAGGCUUCGGGAGCUGACCGGUUUGGUCGCCCGGAGUGGUCGUCUCUCUCCUCGGUGCAACGAUGGUGGAGGUCCGGCUGGACGAUGGUCGACUGUGGCGCCGUCACUUCGAUCAGCUGCGGUCUGCGGGCGACUCUGCUCCGAAGAAUCGCACGGAGACGGACGUCUGCGACUUCGGACGGCUGCGGGAGAGGCGGGACCUGGCGGGUGGCGAGCCGGACGAGGGUUGGUUGGAGGACGAUCAGCAGGAGGAUCCCGUGGUGAUCUCGGACCGGAGACCGGCGGCUGACGCCGGCCAGCCUGAGCAGAGCUCGGAGAGUCCCGGAGUACAGUCGUCUCCGGCUGCUCGUCCCCCCUCUGGUGCGUGCGUGUGUGCGGGUGAUCAGACUUCGAGUGCGCGCGCGUGUACAGGUGAUCAGAGUCAGACUUUGAGCGAAGGGACUGCCACGGGCGUGACUCGGGAUUCUUUGGUGUCCCGAGGGCUGUCGGGCUCACUAGAGAGAGCGGAAGGUGUUCCGUCGGUCACACUGCGUCGAUCACAGCGGGAACGACGCAAGCCGGACUAUUACAGACCCGGUGCUGGGUAGAUAUGUGUUAAUGAACACUUGAGACUUCUGUGUAGCUGUUGUGUUCUUUUCGUUUCUGAGCCAGGAAUGGCGUUUGUUGUUUGUUUGUUGUUGUUUUUUUUUUUUUUUGGAGGGAGGUAAUGCGAUGGUUUGAGUGUCACUGGGCCGGCGGGAUUGUAGGCCCCUGACUGCGGUCUAUGACCCGGGGCGCUGGGUCAGCUGAGUGGCGGUGUGAGCGUGCCGACCGCCGGGCCGGAGCGGCGGCCGGCAGUCUGGAGUUGGAGCGGUGCCAAUAAAGGUCCGUGCUGA